AUGGUUAAAUAUGACCAGCAAGCCGCUUCUUUAUUAGGGAAUUUAAAAAUAGAACAAGGAAUAUACGGGGAUAGUUUUAAACUGUGUUGUCAGAAAUUUAAAGGUCAGGGUAUUCCCGAUCACACUUGUUACGCACCAAGGGACGCCAUUUCGUCGUGUGACGAUCUCCUGGGUGACGUCAUCAAGCGGGUGUUGUUGUGGGUGGUUGCAGCUGGUGGCGGCGUGGGCAACUUGGUUGUCAUCGUAUACAGGAUUGUGUUCGAGUUGAGGGAAAUGAAACACAGCAACAAACUGUACGUCACAAAUCUUGGCCUGUCGGAUGUAGUCAUGGGCGUUUACUUGUUCCUCAUCGCCGGAAGUGACGUGUACCAUCGUGACAACUACGUCAUCUACGAGAGCCAAUGGCGGGAAAGUUCUCUGUGUACGGCUGCAGGUUUUCUGCUCACACUAUCGUGUGAGACGUCCACCAUGUUUGUCCUGCUCAUCACUCUAGACAGGUAUCUCAUCUUUAAAAACCCCUUGCGUCCAUGCAAGAUUCCUCUUGUUGGUUUAGUCGCCUCCGUUGUCGCGGUUUGGGUUAUCGGUCUUGUUCUGGCUAUUUUACCUGUUCUGUACCCCGAGUGGGAAAUCUACUCUUCCAACGGUAUGUGUUUAGGUAUUCCUGUAAACAUGAAACGCAGCACAGGUUGGACUUAUUCUUUCGCUGUUUUCAUCGUCUUCAACUUUCUACAGCUUAUUUUCAUCAUCGCUGGCCAAAUCGCUAUCUUCAAGUCUAUCGCUUUGUCCUCAGAUUCACAAAUAAAUUCCUCAACACAUCGCAGACGUGAAAUCACAGUGGCCAAAAACUUGUCCUUGGUCGUGUUGUCCAAUUUUUUUUGCUGGUUUCCGGUGUGUGUUGUUGGCCUGAUGUCGGCCAGUGGACACACGUUUAGUCCGGACACGCAUGGCUGGCUGGCCAUUUGUGUUAUCCCCCUCAACUCAGCCGUGAACCCGGUACUCUACACCCUGCCUGCAGUCUACCAAAAAUGGCUUACAUUUUAUAGCGGUAGACUAAAUGCUCAAAGAGAGAUUAAUAAUAGAAAUGCGGCGAAAUAA